UUAGUGCCAAGUAACUGGGCAGUGGAUGAGUGUCCCAUAGAGUCUGUAGGUGCAGGCAUGCAUGUUUACAAGGUUCCUACCCCUACAAUGGAUGCGGUCUACGCUCUAGCUAAAGAACAAGCAAAGGAUCUCAAGUUUUCAGAUGAUGAUCAGAUCAAAUGGGCUCUUCUAAGGUUAGAGGCGUUUAAAUCGGGAUGGUUUUCGCCCCAGAAAUAUACCAUGUUAUACCAUGUUCAAACCAGCACCAAAUGGUAGUGUGAAGAUCAUGCUUGAUGAUGCGGAAAAGAUUAGUGAUCUGAUUAAACAACGCUCACGCGUUAUGUUUUUUCCUACCAUUCAUGACUGAGUAUCAUUUCAGAGCAUUUGGAGCUUUGUAUAACCAGACUACUUCGGCUGAUUAGUUGACUAAAGCCCAAGAUCUUGCGGCUGCAGCAUCGUUAUCAGAAUGUCUCACAUACAUGGAUCACAAUGUUCUCCAUGGAAAGUUUUAGCUUGGAUAGGUGUCAAGAGACCUAUGCAAUUCCUACACAACACCAUUGCCAUAACAAGAGUACCAAACCCAUUCCGGAUUAGAGCAUUUUCAGCACCAGUUGGUCAGGCGGUUAUCUCAACUUCGAUUGAAGUAAUCAAUUCGAUCAAAGCUGCAGGCUGGUGGGAUAAUAUCAAACAGAAAGUCUACUGCCACACCACCACCUGCAACCAUAGGAGCCCGUCUUCGCUUCGCUGGUUUCCGUUUAAGGAUUCCGACAGAUGAUCUCCGGUCGACGAUGGUGAAAGCACCUCUUUUUCAGUAAAAGAGUUUGAGGCUCUCCAUUGCAGGUUCUUGAACAAAGUUAGAUUCUCCUCUCUUGCUCCAUCAGGUUUUUGACAUUCAUUCUCUCAAUUUUGUUAUAGGUUGUGGAGGUUAUUGGUGUUUUUAGGGUUCUUAUGUGUGUAUUUAAUUCAGGCAUAUGUCUCAGAUUCUUGAAAUAGUAUAUAUUUAACAAACUUCGUUUCUCUUUAGGG